GAAAGACACGCGGAGAACACGCAAAUUCAGGACCUUUUUGCUGUGAAGCAACAGUGCUAGCCACCACGCUAAUUUUAUUUUAUUUUAUUUCUAGUGUGUAUGUAAUUAAAAAAAAAAAAAACUAAAACGCCGCUAUCAAACUGUUGGAACUGUAGAGGUCAUGUGGUAUGUGUUCCCCCCCGGACAAAAAUAAGAGACGUGCGGUAUAGUAACUUAGCGAACUCACGUGCACAACAUGAAAAACUUUAAAAACAAAGGCUCCAAAAAGGCUAAGUUCAAGCCAGGAUCGAAGAAGAGGGAGAACAAAUGCAUCGUAACGUUUGACGAGAAAAACAGACAGGAAUAUCUUACCGGCUUUCACAAGCGUAAGGUGGAGAGGAGGAAAGCGGCAGUAGAAGAAAUUCGAAAGAAAAUCAAGGAAGAGCAGAUAAGAGUCAGAGAAGACAGACACAAGGAAUACAUAAAGAUGCUGAAGGAGAGGACAGAAGCUCUCGAGGAAGGCGAAGAUGAUCUGGAAGAUGCAAUAACCAGCACAACAGAGUCUAUGCAGUACGAUCAUCCCAACCACACAGUAACCGUGACAACCAUCAGUGAUCUUGACCUCACAGGAGCUCGCCUUCUCGAAGCUGCAGCAAACCAGGCUAAUGAGGAGCGUGACGAUGAGGUGGAGGGGGAGAAAGAGGAAGAGAAAAUGGUUGGAAUGCCAAAAAAAGCUGGGAAUCCAAUACUUAACAAAAAGAUCCGCUCCCUUACAACGCAGCUCAGCACUUACACCAGCAAGCGGAAGAGGAAAGGGAAGCAGGAAGGCCGAGGCGGACGGGGGCGUCUGACAGAGAAGAGACCUGGUGUCACAGAGGGUAGAAACAAAGGCGGCAGGACCAGCAAGCGUCAGAGACGUAGACAGACCGGGAAGAAAGUGCAUCAUCAGGACUGAAGGAGUGCAUGAAGGGAGGAAGAAACUCCUGACAAUGGACUUCUGCUCUUGUUAGGCCAGCUCAACAAACUGGACUUGGUUGUGUUUAUGCUCACGCGUCAAACAGAAUACGUGUAUGCAUAAAGAUGAUGUUGGAGUUACCUGCCCUGUGAAAUCUUGUGCUCAGUUUUGUACAUUUUCCAACUUUUUUUGUUUCUUCCCAUUAUUUGUUAAUUGUGUACUGAGUGUGCUGUAUUUACCUCAAAUUUGAUUAAAGUAAAUUUGAAUAA